GGGCCGCCAUUAACGAGAAACGAACAACUAGUGUGGCAUGUAAUGGCCUUCGUGAUCUUUGCGGCCUCCGAAUUGACCAAAUUACAUUUCCAGGUAGUCACAAUGCCGGAUCUGGAUUUGAUGGGCUUCUCUAUUAUUGGAGUGGUGGAAUAGCCCCGUCGACUUGUUUAUACCGUAAUCAUGGAAAAAGCUUUUCCGAACAGUUAGAAUUCGGUAUACGGUAUUUUGACGUAGAUAUUUGCUAUGGAGAGACUGAAGCAUUGAAUUGCCACUGCGAUCCAUUGAAUUGUGCCUACACUGGCUCUAUCGGAAAAGGUUUGUCGCAAAUUGACGCGUGGAUGAAAUCCCAUCCCAAUGAAGUUAUCGUUAUCCAUUUUAACCACGAUGCGCAGAAUGGUUAUCAUGCAAAAAUCGCUGAAAGUCUUGAGAAAGGGCUUUUAAAAUAUUGGGCAACGG